AUGAGUGAUGAGGACAAAUUUCAAUAUCUCAUGCAAUGCAUGGUUGUCGGGAGUAGAGCAAGGGAAAUCGUGGACAGUUAUCCGCCGUCUGCUGAUAAUUAUGCCAAAGUGGUCGAAAGUUUAAAAACGAGAUUUGGGCGGGAAGAACUCCUCGUCGAAUAUUACGUAAGAGAAUUAUUAAAUUUAGUGGUGAAAAAUGUAAUGAACACAAAAGUAAAGAUGAACAUAAUGCAACUUUACGAUAAAUUGGAGUCAUAUCUGCCUUCACUGGAGUCUAUCGGCGUAACAAAAGAGAAAUACGCAGCAAUGUUGUUUCCGCUUGUGGAAUCAUGUAUUCCAGAGGAUUUAUUAAGAGUGUGGCUGAGAAAUCCUGUAAUUACUAAGGAAAAUGAUUCAAGUGAUUCCUAUGGCAAUAAAUUAUCGCAGUUAUUAACAUUUUUGAGAGCCGAAGUCGAAGAACGUAUUUCUAUGGCGAAAACUGGUUUUAAAAAUUAUGACUCUUCGCAUCGUAAAAGAGACAAAGAUUUCGAAAUAUCAACUCCUAGUUUUACUGCAAACGAUUUGCUCUCUGAGAAUAGGCCAAUAGCACCACAUUUUAAACGCAACAGCAUUUUUUGCGGGAAACAACAUAAUUCAGAAAAUUGUUUUAAAGGAAAGAAUUUAUCAUUAGAUGAGAAACAGGAAAUAAUAAAGAAACAGAAGGCCUGUUUUUUACGUCUGAAGGUGGGACAUCGCUCGAAACACUGCAGGGCUAAUAUUCGAUGUAUUGUUUGUAACAAAAGACAUUGGCCUGUAAUGUGCCCAGACUUGAGCCAAAUAAAUCAGACAUCGGCAGUGGAUACAUCAGCUGAAGAAAAUACUACUUUGUCGAAUCAAAGUCAACCUGAAGUCUUAUUGCAAACCCUUAUGGUAGUUAUUGAAGCCAAUGGACAACGGAAAACUGUUAGAUCACUAUGUGAUACAGGAUCUCAACGGUCGUACAUCCUGAAAUCAACAAUAAAUGAAAUGGGAUGGAGGACCAACAAAUAUGAAACUUUAACACACUGCGGACUGGUAGCAAUGGAAACGUAUCUUGGUUGGACUGUAAUGGGAAAACCAAACCAUACUUAUAGUUCCACUGGGCUUAUCUCAACAUCACUUUUCAUUCAAAAUACUUCGGUUACUGACUUAUGGGAAUUGGAAACAAUUGGUAUAUCUGAUAAUUGCGAGACAAUUACUUCAGAAGAAUACGAUGCUCUAGCAACGGAACACUUUUCUAGAACUGUCAAAAUACACCCAGAUGGUAGAUAUGAGAUUAGUCUUCCAUGGGUGAAAGAUGUAAGCGAUAUGCUUUGUAACAGAGAUAUUGCGGGCAGAAGAUUGAAAAUGAUGACAGCUAAACUUAUCAAGGAUAGUUAUAAUGCAGUUUUUAGAGAAUGGAUAAAAGAAGGUUUCAUCGAAGAAUCAAAUGAAGGUACCGGCCAUUAUCUUCCUCAUAGAGGAGUUUUCAAGUCCAAUUCCACCACGAAUUCCCUUUUUACUGGGAGCUCUGUUAUUCAACAUCAUUUGAACAAGUAUGAAUCCUUCAAUGUUCAAGAGGUGGCUAUGAAGCUGAAAAAAUCCUUCUACGUCGACAAUUGUGUCACGUCUGUAGAUUCUGAACAACAGUUAAAAGAGUUCAUUAAAUGUUCGACAGACUUAAUGGCUGUAGCAAAAUUCGAACUGCGAGGUUGGGAGUUUACAGAGAAAGAAAACUUAACUGAAAAAUUUGAACCGUCACCUGUGUUGGGUCUUCUGUGGGACAGAUCAGAGGACGUAUUGUUUUGUGACACUCGAACAAUUAUUGAUCCUCCAGAAAUUAUCACCAGAAGAGUAAUAUUAUCUUUUUCUAAUCGAGUAUUUGUUCCAAUCGGAUUUACUUGUCCAAUUAUGUUAUAUCCGAAGAUUUUAUUGCAAACAAGUUGGCAAUCAAAAUUAGGUUGGGAUUCAAAAGUUUUUGAGGAUAUAAAAAAGAAAUUUCUCAAAUGGUUGGAAGAUCUGACUAUACUGCAUACAGUGAAAAUUCCCCGUCACGCUAUUUUGAGAAAUAGUGGCUUAAGUCUUCAUGUAUUUUGCGACGCUAGUGGUCUGUCCUAUGCAGCUGUUGUUUACAUUAGAUGUGAGACAGAAUAUCAAACAACAGUACAAUUGCUACUUGCUAAAUCAAGAAUAGCACCUUUAAAAAGAGUAUCUAUUCCUAGACUUGAACUUCUAAGCUGUUGCAUUGGUACUCGUCUAGCAGAUUUCGUUAAGAAAAGCUUAGAAAUAGAAAAUGUCAAGAUUCAUUAUUGGUCCGAUUCUACAACUGCUUUACAAUGGAUCCAGAAAGAUGAUCCAUGGUGUUGGAAAUUCCAAUUAAAAUCAUUAAUCUAUCAGUUAAUUUCAUCUAGUGAGCGCGUGAUAAUCACGUGCUCAAGGCUAAUCCGACUCCUCCCACACACACUGACACUCUGGUUCGAGAGAGAACUGUUUAAUGUCAAGAUUCAUUAUUGGUCCGAUUCUACAACUGCUUUACAAUGGAUCCAGAAAGAUGAGCCAUGGAGUGUGUUUGUCAGAAAUAGAGUUAAAGAAAUCCGUGCUCUUUCAUCAGGAAAUUGGCGACACGUUCCCGGUCACUCUAAUCCAGCCGAUCUACCAUCACGCGGCUGCUCGGUAACAAAAUUAUUGAGUUCAAGGUGGUGGGAAGGUCCUUCCUGGUUGAAAUUACCUGAAAACACAUGGCCUCUAUCUGAAUAUAAAAUUGAUGAAGACGUUAUCAACAAGGAAAAGGAAAAAAGAACAACCAUACUCGUAAGUAAAAAUUUGCUUGGAACAAACCAGUUUUUUUCUUAUUUUUCAAGCUACACAAAAAAUGUCAGAAUGGUUGGAUGGAUUCUAAGAUUCCUUGAAAAUUGCAAACUGUCUGAAAAAGAUAGGAAAAAGGGUGGACUAACUCUGGCUGAAGUAGAAAAUGCAGAAAUCAAACUUAUAAAAGUUAUUCAAAAUGAAGCAUUUACUGCAGAUUAUAUAAAAAGCUUAAAAUCAUUGAAUGUCUUCAAAGAUGAAAAAGGAAUAUAUAGAAUUAAAACAAAAUUGACAGAGAGAAAUGAUACCGAGAAUUUUAGAUUGCCUAUUUUGCUUCCAGAAAAACUUAUGUUGGUUGAUAUGAUAAUCAAAGAGAAGCAUUCGAAAUGUUUACAUGCUGGACUGCAAAUUUUACUGUUCAAUUUAAGAGAAAAUUAUUGGAUUAUUAAUGGACGUCGAGCAGUUCGUCGCAUCCUCAAGACCUGUGUUAGAUGCAAACGAUAUAAUGCACGAAGUAUAAAAACUGUUCCCGUAGGUUUACCUGAAGACAGAGUUAAAGAAGUUUCUGUUUUUGAAGUGGUCGGGAUAGAUCUUGCAGGACCUCUUCAUUUAAAGGAAGGUGCGAAAAGUUGGAUUGUCAUCUACACAUGUGCCGUUUAUCGAUCAAUACAUCUCGAACUGGUGCAGUCACUUUCAACUAAGACGUUCCUUUUGAGUUUACGAAGAUUCAUUGCUCGCCGAGGAAGACCUCACAUCAUCUAUUGUGACAACGGGAGUAUUUUUAUAGGAGCUGAGAAUCUACUUCAGUCCUUAGAUUGGAAGUCAAUUGAAGCUGAAACAUCAGUAUACAAAAUUGAAUGGAAAUUUAAUCCACCGUCUGCACCCUGGAGGGGAGGCUUUUGGGAGAUUAUGGGGAAAUUGGUAAAAAAUAUUCUUCGAAAAUUUUUGGGGAAAGCAUGCCUUUCAUACGAAGAAAUGUGUAGCGUUCUAUGUGACUGCGAGUCAGUUAUCAAUUCAAGACCUCUUACAUACCUCUCAGAAGAUCUGGAUGACUUAAUACCUCUUUCUCCGUCCAUGUUUUUACAAGAGAUCUCGACGGUGGGAGUACCUGAUUUAGAUCAGCUGGAUACAAUAGAUCUUAAAAAACGCUAUAGGUAUCAACAGACGUUAAGAGAACAGUUGAGGAAAAGAUUUCGCUGCGAAUACCUAGCGACACUUCUUCAACCACGCAAGAAGAAUAACUAUUAUGAUCUAAAGGUUGGCAAGAUUGUGUUAAUCGAAGAUGACUUAAAGAAAAGAUUACACUGGCCGAUGGCUAAAGUUAUUACCGUCUAUCCUGGUAAGGAUAAAAGGAUACGCGUGGCUCGACUUAAAACAGCACAUACCGAGUUUUUGAUGCCAGUGCAGCGGAUUUAUCCGCUGGAAAUACGUUCGACACCAAAUGAAGGUUCAACUCCAAACGAAAAGCGCAACUUCAAAUGA